UUCAUUGUCCAUAUACUCUCAAAACGAUGGAUGGUUGAGGUGGUAUUUCAUUCCUCAAUUGUAGCCGCCGCCUCCACCUCCACCUCCACCUCCUCCGUCUAAAUCACCUAAUCCCGUCUCCGAUCAAUUGGUAACUGUUUCCUUUUGCAACUUUUCUCCUCACCAAUUUUUAGAGUCCUUUGCAAUUUGCAGUUUGGCUCAUGGAGCUAGAACCAUCCUGGGGGGAUCAUGAUUGUGGAUGCUUGACGACCAGUACAGAAGACAAUACAAGUGAACCCGAUGUGUUUGACCCUUUGUUAAAAAUAACUUAUAUCAAUGAUGAAGAACAAGAUGGUGUCUGUAUUAACUCCAUUCUCCCAGACGACAUUUUAGAGCGAGUUCUUAGACAUCUCCCAGUUUCAACUAUUAUUAAAGCGGGUUGUGUAUGUAAAAAAUGGAACGAUAUGUUGCAGUCUGCAAGAUUUAUACAGAAUCUUCCAAGCACUUCAACUCAAAACCCUUGGUACUUCAUGUUUACCAGCGACAAUGAUCCGCACGGGCAUGUUUAUGACCCCAUGCUUUUGAAGUGGUACAAAUUUGAAAUCCCUUAUGUUGAGAUGCCUAGUUGGAACAUCGUUUCAUCUUCUGGUUUAGUGUGCUUUAUGGAUAACGACUCGAGGAGAAAACUAUAUGUUUGUAAUCCAAUCACGAAACAUUGUCGAAAGCUUGCAGAACCUCAAGGUCCAGAAGUUUCUGAUUACUGUGCCCUUGCAAUCUCAUUGGAUAAAUCAUCAAAGAAUUAUACAGUGACAAUCGUGAGAUCUAAACAAGCUCCUGGAGAACCGGUAGAUUGGGAUCUCGCAAUUGAUGUUUAUAGUUCCGAAAAGAAAACAUGGGAAUGUCCUGUUGAUGUUAAUUUACAUGCUUGGAGAGGUGGAGUGGAUAGUGUGAUUUGUGAUGGGAUUCUUUAUUUUGUGGUUUAUUUAACAAGGACAACAAUGGGUGUUAUACGUCCUCGCAAUGGUGUGCUGGCUUAUGAUCUUGCUUCCGGGUGUUUUAACGUUGACGUGAAUGAGUGUGUGAUUUCAGCACCUUGUCAUGUAACAUGCAUGCGGUUGAUUAACUUUGAAGAGGCGCUUGUUAUGGUGGGAGGGAUUGAGAAACGGUCUGGCGUAAUUAAGGGUAUUGGUAUUUGGAUUCUGAAAGGAAGGGAAUGGGAAGAGGUUUCUCGUAUGCCAAACAAAUUCUUCCAAGGAUUUGGGGAGUUUGACGAUGUGUUUGCCAGUAGUGGUUUGGGCAAUCUAAUAUACAUUCAGGGUUAUGGAUCAACUGCUCUUCUAAUGUUUGACAUGAAUUCAAAAGAAUGGAGGUGGUCACACAAAUGCCCUGCCACCAAGAAGUUUCCUCUCCAGUUGUUUUCUGGAAUUUGUUUUGAACCCCGCUUUGAUAUUUCUCCGUGAUUUGGGCAUAUGCUAAAUUUCUGCAGUGUUCUAUUCCAUCAAUAUGCAAAAGUUUAUCAUCCACUAACAAGCAGGCGGUAUAACCUUCAUUUAUUCUCCAUGGUGAGUGCAGGCAGUUUUCUUGCGAUGGUACAUCCCUUAUUCAGCUUAUGCUUGUUUCCUGUUUUCUAGUUAUAUAGGCAAGUGUGUUCUCGGCUUUUGCCUCAUUGUCUUCUCUUUCUUCAGUAAGACAUAAAAUACUUUCUGGAAUCAAAUUUUGAAUGAUUAGAAUGUUGAUUCAAUUAUCCUAAUGUAAAUUCCAGAUGAAAAUCUGGAAUACUUAGAGGUCAUUUUCCUCCAUGCAUUUC